AUGGCUAGUUUUGCAUCUAGGACAGGGUAGAAAGUAAAAAUAUCUCAAAUUUUAGAUUAAAGAAUGGUGGGGAGCUAAAGUAACUGUUGAUCCACAAUUAGAAACAAAAAAACAAAGAAUUAAUGAGAUAGAUUAAUAUAUUAAAGGAUUAUCAUAAUCUUUUAGCAAUAUAUCUGCGUUGUUUUAAUGUAUAUCAAAUAAUUGAAUUUAGAAAUGCAUGGCCAUAUGGGAAGAAUCAGCUAAAUUAGUUAAAAGCUAUUUGAAAAGGAAACUGAUACAAAUAAGAGAAUAGGAAUAGAAGUGACAUCUAUGUUUGGAAACCUUUCAGAACUUUUUCGCUCCAAGGUAUCUACUAUUUUUCAAUUUAGACUGAACCUACAUCUGAUUUGAAUAAAAAUUAUGGGGAAUGGUUUUAAACUAUAGAGACUUUAAAAAUUCAGCUAAUCAACUUCUCUGAAAUAAGAUUAGUUUAUGAUCAUUAUAAAUUAAAAGUAGAAGAAUUAGAGAAGGAUAGAUCUAAUACACUUUCAAAAGGAUAACCUGAAGAUUUUAAAUUAUCAGAAAAAAUUAGAAGAGUAUCAAUUUUUAAAAUAUUUAGAAUUAAAGUAAAUUGUCAAGUUCAGAAUCAAAUUAUAAAUAAAAGUUAUCUGAAAUAUUAAAUAAUAUGAAUAAAUUAUUGGGAAAUUACUAUCGAAUGAUAAAUUAGAGUCUUGAUUCUGUAAGAAAAUUCAUUUAUUAUAGUUUAUUACAAUCAAUUAUGAUUUAUAUAUGAAUGCUAAAUCUAUUUUGAAAAAAAAUUAAAAAGCAUUUAAUAAAUUUAAAUAUCCAGAAUUAGAACCUAUAAUUGAUUUAUUGAGAGAAUAAAAAGAGAUGUCAACUUUAUUAGAAAGAGAAUAAUUAAAAGAAAAGGAAAUUUAAAAAGAAAAAGAAUAAAAAGAGAAAGAGAAAGAGAAAGAAAAAAAUGUAAAUGAAAAAGAUGAUAAAUAAUAAUAAUAAGGACCUCAAUAACAAAAUUCUUAAUGGGAGGGUAACAAUAAAUUUAAUCCUUUCGGUUAAUCAUAAUAAAUGAAUUCAUAAACUCAUUCUAUUAUUAAUAAUACUUAAGUUGUAAAUUCAAUGGUUAAUAAUCCUUAAAUGAUAAAUCCUAUGAUAAAUUCUCAAACUGAUUUUGGAUCUGGAUUCGGAGUAAAUACAAUACCUAAAUAAUAAUAAUUUAUAAAUCCAAUAAUAUCCUAAAGGUAAUCAAUGCAAUAAUAGGGAAUUAAUAACAAUUUUGUUAAUAAUUUCCCACCAAACUAAAAUAGAGUAGAUAUGUUUGAUGAUGUAGGAUUUUAAAUGAUGAGUGAUUUAAGAACUAGCUAAGUAAAUGCUUGGUAGUAAUAAUAAUAAUAACAAUAAUAUGGUCAGAGUUAAAUAAUUCAGUAAAAUAAUUUUAUUAAUAAUAAUCCAUUUAUGAGUUAGUAGCCAUUAAAUCAAAAAUCUAGUUUAUAAUAGAAUUAUGGAUUUUAAUAAUUUGAUCCUUAAAAUAAUAGAGCUCAAUAACCAAAUCCCUUUGCAGAUUUAAAUAAUGAGGUUUAAAAAAGGGCUAUGUAUGAUAAUCCAUAUACAUACAAUUAGCAAUUUUAAGAUAAUUAAAAGACUAAUCCUUUCGAAUGA